UUCAAAUCAUAGAAACUGAUAGCUUUGGUGGGGUUAUCCAACAGAGUGAGUGAGCUGGGUUUUGUUUUGUAAGUGAUAUCCUGGAUUUAGUUUCCAAACACACAAACGAACACAGACAGAGGAGAAAAUGGGAAAAGACAGACAGAAGACCCAAUCAUAGGGGAGAAGCCAAGGAGGACUGAGGGACCCUGACACCUCCACCUUUUUCUAUUUCAGUACAUAACAUUCUUUCGCUUUCUUUACUUUACUCCUGUCCUGACCUGACUGGAAUACUGCAGUCAUACUAGUAGUCUGCUAUAUAAGACGUUCUCUCUGACGCAGACCUAUAUCAACCACGGACACUGAGACAGUCAACAUGAAGUUGCUGCUUGUUGUUUCUGCUGUUCUGGCUGUAUCCAGCUGUGCCAUCAUCUCUCUGGAAGAUCUUGAGUUUCGCGCCUGGAAACUCAAGUUUGAAAAGUCAUAUGAGUCUGAGUCAGAGGAGGCUCACCGGAAGCAGAUCUGGCUCAACAACCGCAAACAUGUGCUAAUGCACAACAUCUUGGCAGACCAGGGUUUGAAAUCCUACCACCUUGGGAUGACACACUUUGCUGACAUGGAACAUGAAGAGUACAAACAGCUGAUUUCCCAAAGCUUCCUUGGCUCCUUCAAUGCUUCUCUGCCUCAGCGUGGCUCUGCCUUCUUUCGCCUGCCUGAAGGUACUGAUCUGCCCAACACUGUUGACUGGAGGGAUAAGGGAUAUGUCACUGAAGUCAAGGAUCAGAAGAUAUGUGGCUCCUGCUGGGCCUUCAGCACAACUGGUGUACUGGAGGGUCAGCACUUCAGGAAGACAGGAAAGCUGGUGUCUCUGAGUGAGCAGCAGUUAAUGGACUGCUCUCACAGCUUUGGUAACAAUGGCUGCAAUGGAGGAUCAGUGAAGCGGGCCUUUCAGUACAUCCAAGCCAAUGGAGGAAUUGACACUGAGGCAUCCUACCCUUAUGAGGCUAAGGGUCAACAAUGCCGUUACAAGCCUGAUGGUAUUGGUGCCAAAUGCAGUGGCUAUGUUGAAGUGAAACCCAGUAAUGAAGAUGCCCUGAAGGAGGCUGUGGCCACUAUCGGACCGAUAUCUGUUGGCAUUGAUGCUUCUCAUAACUCAUUCAGAUUCUACCAAUCAGGAGUGUAUGAUGAGCCCGACUGCAGCAAGACAGUGUUGAACCACGAUGUGCUGGCUGUGGGUUAUGGUACAGAAAAUGGACAUGACUACUGGCUGAUCAAGAACAGCUGGGGUCUCAGAUGGGGAGACAAGGGAUACAUUAAGAUGAGCAGGAAUAAAUCCAACCAGUGUGGGAUUGCUUCUGAUGCAACGUACCCUCUGGUCUGAAGAGGUCUGAAGAAACCUGUCCUCAUUUUUUCCUUCUGAUUUGACCAAAAUUUAGUUUAAAGUUUUUAACGGUGUUAUGUAACUAAACAUCAUUUUAUUUGUCGGGUCAAGAACCUCUCUUUUCCUGCAUUAGUGUUUAAUGGAAUAAAUUUAUAAAGACGACAAAUACAAGUUAAAAUAAAUACAUAAAU